AUGAGACUGCUCAACGUAUCGACCCGUGAGGUGGAGGAGUUCAAUGGCGCCAACAUCCCGCCCUAUGCGAUCCUCUCGCACACCUGGGGCACUGAGGAGGUGUCGUUCCACGAGAUGGAGGCCAUUGCGCGGUACCGCCGGUCGCAGCAGGAGUACACACCGCCUAUCCUGGCUCAGCCGGGAUCCACCGACAACCCGGACCACAUGAAGCUGAUGCUGCUGUCGACCAUGCUUAUGGCCUUCCGGGGGGACCGCAUCCGCGCCAACCGGCCGUUGUCUUCGGCUACUGCGACCCCGCUACCGGCGAUUACCAACGGAUACGAGAGCGACCGUAGCGAUGACGACACCCGCAGUCAGUCCAGCCGGGGCGGCCGUAGUGUCCGCAGCCUGGGCAGCAUGGGGAGUCAGGCCAGCCGGGACAGCCAGGGUAGGGUGGUUCCCGCAUCGGCGAUGCACCCCUUCGAGCACAAGGCCGGAUACGCCAAGAUCUCGUACGCCUGCGGGCAGGCUGAGAAGGACGGGUUCCGGUACGUCUGGAUCGACACCUGCUGUAUCGACAAGCGCAACCUGGCCGAGAUGUCGGAGGCCAUCAACGCCAUGUUCGGCUGGUACCAGCGCGCGGCUGUGUGCUAUGCCUUUCUCGAGGACGUUCACUUUGACGACUACACCGAAGGGUACCGGACGUGGGAGGACCAUUUCAACGACAGCCGCUGGUUCACGCGUGGUUGGACGUUGCAGGAGCUGCUAGCCCCACGGAAGGUCGUGUUUUACGCCAAAGGGUGGCGGUUGCUAGGCACCAAGUCAUCCCUCGUCAAGCACGUUGCCAAGAUCACGGGCGUCGAGGAGCUGGCCUUGCUCGAGCCCCGGCUCAUCCACAACGCCAGCGUGGCCCAGCGCAUGUCCUGGGCGGCCCACCGCACGACCACGAAGCCCGAAGACUUGUCCUAUGCUCUGCUCGGCCUGUUCGAAGUUAACAUGCCGGUUCUCUACGGCGAGGGCGGUGACCGCGCGUUUCUCCGUCUCCAGGAGGAAAUCAUGAAGCGCAGCGACGAUCACACCCUCUUCGCCUGGGGCACCCUCGGCGACGACGAGCCCGAUGCCCACGCAGCUAACAGCAGCAAGACCGACCACCCACCCGACCAUCACCACCUCGACCUCGACGAGAUCGACUUCGAUGACCUCAACUGCACUACCCCGAUGCUCGCAAGCUCCCCGCGCGACUUUGCCGGCAUGCAGCACAUCGUAGCCGCACCGACUUCCUCCGCGACCGUCCCGGCUGCCGACUACUCCAUGACCAACAAGGGCCUCCUCAUCCGCCUGCACCUGAUCCGUACUGUCCUCCCGGGGCAGGAAGCCCUCAGGGCCGGCAAGCCAGCCCAACAUCACCUCGCCAUCCUACCUUGCCACCUCGAAGACGACCCCGGCUCUCGUCUAGCCUUCCUCCUAACCGAGACCUCCACCCCCAACGUUUUCCUGCGUUCCCGCCCCCCACGCGGCGCGGGCCCCAUGGUCCUGACCUUAGCCGAAACGGCUGCUGCCAAGGCGCGCGUGGUGUAUAUCCCCAAUAGCCCGCAGCAGGGUCUCCGUGGUACAGCCUCGGGCGGCGCAGCGGGUCUUGGGGGCGAUGGGUUUGGGGAUGGGACUGCGAAGAGGCUUUUGGUGAGCGAGGUGGUGUUUGUGCGCACGCCGGAUCUGGUGGCCCCCGGGUACGACGUGGUAGAUAUCCAGGCUGCCGGCGGGGUGCAGUGGAAUAAGGAGUUCCGGAGUAUCCGGCUGGAGGGUGUCGAUUAUUCCUGUUCACCAUCAUCGUCGCGGGGAAGAAACGAAGGGGGCCUGUACCAGCUUGCCGUGGUGACGUUUUGGAACCGCCAUCUCAAGUGCGGCUUUGUCGCCCGGGUGUUGGUCGAGGGUCUGUCGAAGGCGGUGUUUGUCGACUUACUCCCGGCCCGUCAGGAUACUUCCGGUGCUAUCAACAACGAUGAGGACGGGAAGUGGCUGAUCGAGGAGGCGAAACGGGUCUGGCAAUCCCCCGGAACCAUCCAGGUCACACUCCCCGGACAGGAUGAGGCCGGGAACAAGAAGUCGAUGAAAGUCGAGGUGCGCAACCCAGCUGGCCAAGAGCAGGAGACCAAGGAUCGCAGCCCGGCUUGGACCCUGAAGGCCGGCCAGGAAGUCCAGGUCGCUGGGAGCGUCACGUUCACCGAGAAGUGGGAGCGCGACUACCAGCGGACGGUCAACGCCAAGGUUGAGCGGAAGAAGAAGGGCGCCAUUGAGCUGAACAUGACGUCUAUGCUGUGGCAGGCCGUGCCAGUGGCGAAGGGAGAGGAUUUGGAUCAGCCGUCAUAG